GAAGGCCAGACUCUGCAUGUGACCCAUAUCUUGUCAAUCAUUUGCAGGUGUGACAGGAAGUGGUGUGAUCGUUGUUGCAUCUGAGAAUCAAAAGGAAACUCAGUCACAGCUUGAAGACAAGUCACGAGGAGCACUCAGGGAGCCUCAGGUGCGUGUUUGCCAGGUAACCCAGGUGACAAAAUCACCUCAGAUAAUAGGCGCGUGGAGGAAAGAGAGUAAACAACAAGGAGAGGUUGGUCGGGAUCUCAGUCUUUGCAUCGUGAUUGUGAAGCAUCCCACAUGACCGCUGUCGAUCACCAGGACUUCCUGUGUGGUUCUUCUCCCUAUGACCUACUUGGCCCACACAGCCCACGCCCAGCUCGCCGCCUUCGGGGUGAGCUGCGUGGGCUGGACUCUCACCGCUGUGGCCCUUGGACUCAUCCCGUGGAGGGUUUGGCUGAUAUCUGACAGUGAAGUCAUCAGCUCCGGCGUGGCCUGGGUGGGCCUGUGGAGGGCCUGCUUCAACACCCACACCAUGGUGACCCCUGGCUUCAGGGUCAUGCACUGCGAGUACAUCGGUCUCUCCGAGGCCUUCACGCCACCAGAGAUUGGGGCAGGUCAGAUUCUCAUGGUGCUGUCUCUGGUGGUGGGCAUGUUUGGGAAUGCCGGUGGUGUCUACGCCUUGAGGAACGUCAACCUUGGCGUUGAGAGAGUCCGCUUAUCGUUCCUCGCCACCGGAGGUCUGUGUCUGCUGGCUGCUGCGAUGUCUCUCAUUCCUCUGCUGUGGAACCUGAGCUCUGUGGUGACCAAUCAGACCAUCGCGUUCCCACCGGACUUCAAAAUGCCCCAAGCGCCUAAUUCGCAGCAUGUGGGGUCGGGCAUCGGGGUCGGGCUGGUGGGAUCGAUUCUGAUGGUAAUCUCUGGGAUUAUAUUCUGUAAAUACAAGCUACCACUGAAGCCACUCCAGAAAGAAGAGGUGCACCCGGAGGGCCGCGGGGCCAAAGAUAACCUCGCGUUUGAGUCUCUCGAACACUUGUGAGACUGAGAUAUUCACGAUUUCACACGAGAGCACAGAAAUCUUAGCAGCUGCACAGGAACACUGAACUGUGAUUUAUUUCUGCACCACAAACAAAGAGACUCCAAGUUUUGGUUUGAUGUGGAUGAAACCAACUGAAAUGCGGCAGCCACAGUCCUUGUACGAUAUCGAUCUCUUUUCUAAGUUGUUAUUAAGCUCAGUUGUAAUACCUUAUGUAUGAUUCAUUAUGUGGUUGUAACGCAUUGGUACGGCUCGUCAUUUAAAUUAUUUAAUUGAUUAAUCAGUUCAAAUAUGGUAGAUGUUGUACACACAUGUGUUUAUGUAAUUGUCAUCAUGUCCAUCGCAGUACAUAAAUAAAGUAAUGUUAAAAAUGGA